AUGCCGCCUAUUACUCUGCAAACAGAGCAUCUUCAGACAAGUGCUAUAGAUUUUUCAGAAACAAACGAGGUUGAAGUAAGCAGGCUUCUAGCUCACUUUCAAAUAGGCGCAGAGGUUGAGAUUUUGUCUACUGAUGACGAAAUAUGGUAUCCAGGAAAGGUUGUUGAUCUUAAACUGUGUGAAGGACUAGAGGAGCUGACAGUUGAGUACACGACACUCUUCACAGACCAACAUAGACUUCAGAAACUUCAGGAUACUAUCACGGCUGACAAAAUACGUAGAAGCCUUUACAACAAUGGCUGGAGCAGCGGACAAAUUAGCAUGGUACUUGGUGAUAACACAUACUCGGUGUGUCUCUAUACUUCUAUGGAAACUAUUCUAUUCAAACAUUCAGAUUUGCGAAUUCAUAGAGAAUGGAAAGAUGGAGUCUGGAAGAUGGCAGAUAAGGUGAAGCCUGAUAAGAAAAGGAAAGCUGCUGCCUCAUCACAAAAUUCAGGAAUGGAUAAUGUUUUCCUAAGAAGGAGCGAGAGGGUGCCUAAACGAUCUAGAGACACAAAAACUCCAUUCAAGUCUGACAGAAAUCCGGCUUUAACUGUAAUACCUGAGAUUAUACCUGCAGUUGAUCCGUUUUCAACUCCUGCGGAACAUAAGCUUUCAAGGCUUCAAAAUUGGAUGACAUUAAAGCCCGGCAUGCAUGAAACGUCCCUAUCAAUCAAUGAUAAUAAGAUAAGGAAAUCUUUCUUUCAAAGCAUGGAAAAUGCAAAAAAGGACCUUAAGAAAGAGCACAUUGAUGGAGCCUUUGCAAUGCUAAAUUGCAGAAGAAAUGAGAAUGCUGCUUGGUUCCACAACUACAAGAUUCCAAAGGCGUGCUUCCUACCUAUGGAGUUCUUGCAUUGCUUGCUCUCUGAUGAUUUGGCUUACAAGAAAGAAAAGGUCAAAGGUAAAAAGAUUUUCAACGAUUUAUUUAAAGAUACUGUGAGAGGGAAGGUAUAUCCAGAGAAGACAUGGGGAGAAGAUGUUGAUGUUGUGUAUGGGAUUACUCUUGGAAAAAAAAGCAAUGUCUGGAUUGGGAUGGAAAUUCAUUUGAAGAAGAAAAGAAUCACAGUAUAUGAUUGUUUUCAAAAGGAAAGCAACAGCAUUGAUAUUCCUCAAGUGAAAAAGUUGGCAGUGUUGAUUUCUAAUCUGCUGGUGGAAUCUUCUGGUGAUGAGGUAGAUAAGUGA